AUGUUUAAUUUUCAAUUUUAUAAAACUCAAGGCAAAAUAAAAGAAAUUUAUUAUUAAUUUGAAAAGAAUAUGAAUUGCAAAAAUGAGUAGGGGCAAGAUUUGUAUGGGGUUUUGGCUUUGGCAAAGGACGUGAAUGAAUUAGUCUUCCAUAGCCUAAUUAAAAUAUUCAGAAGAGAGAAAAUUUAAGACUGUCUAGAUUUUCUCCAAUAAAGUCUAAACCAAAGUCACGUCAAAUAAGAAAUGUUAGAGGUAGGAAGUUAUUCACAUUUGGAAAAGCUAUAGAUGCUUAAUGUUAAUAUGAAUGACAUUAAGAAAAUAGCAAUUGUUCUCAAUACUAUUAAGGAUCAUGAACUUAAUAGAGAAAAUUACUCAGUUGAAAAAUAUAAAUAAAUUAAAUAAAACCUGAUCACAAAAAUAUCAUAAGAUGUGAAGAUAUAAGAACUUUUUAAAUUCUUAGUUCAACUAACCUCUGUAGAUGACAAUUACAUAUAGUGUGGAUCAAAUUCUUUACAUUUAUUAGUUGAAAUGAAGGUUGAUUUAAGGGAAUAAUCUUUUGAAAAUAUUAGAAUUAGAAAUACUUCAUUGAUAAGAGCAAAGUUGGUGAGAUGUGACUUAAGUGGGUCUGAAUUUGAUAAUGUCAUUAUUAGAGGAAUAAAUUUGAAUGGAGCUAAAUUGUUUAAUUGUAAAUGGAGGAAUUUAGGUAUAAAUGAGGGUAUUUUGUUAAAUGGCCAUGUUGGCAAAAUCAAUUCAGUUUGCUUUUCUCGAGAUAGUAAUUAUCUAGCUUCUUGCAGUGAUGAUAAAACAAUUCGCUUGUGGGAUAUGAAAACAGGAUAUAUAAAGUCUGUAUUAAAAGGAAAGAGCUAGGUAAAUUAGGCAUGUUUCUCACCUAACAGUACAACAUUAGCUUCUUGUAACGACUAAUUUGUUUAUUUAUGGAAUUUAAAAACUAAUAGAUGUAUAAAUAAAUUAGUUGGUCACAAUCGUCAGGUAAAUACAAUUUGUUUAUUUUCUGAUGGUACUACAUUAGCAUCUGGUAGUUCAGAUAAAUCUAUCCGUUUAUGGGAUGUUAAGACAAGAUAAUAACAAACCAGAUUAGAAGGUCAUAAUAGUGCUGUAUGGUCAGUUUGUUUCUCUCUUGAUGGUACUACAUUAGCAUCUGGCAGUGGAGAAUAUAAAGGUAAUGAGUGCUCUAUCCGUUUGUGGGAUGUUAAAACAGGAUUGUAAAAAGCAAAAUUCGAUUGUCAAAAUGAUUAUGUACUAUCAGUUUGCUUCUCUCCUGAUUCUACAACAUUAGCAAGUGGAGGUGAUGAUAACGCUAUUCGUUUAUGGGAUUUUAAGACAGGAUAAUAAAAAGCCAAAUUAGAUGGUCAUUCUAAUACAGUUUAUUCAAUUUGUUACUCUCCUGAUGGUACUAAAUUAGCAUCAGGUAGUUCUGAUAACUCUAUCCGAUUAUGGGAUGUUAAGACAGGAUAAUAAAAAGCAAAAUUCGAUGGUCAUACUAGUUAUGUUUAUUCAGUUUGUUGCUCUAUUGAUGGCACUACUUUAGCAUCUGGUUCCGAUGAUAACUCCAUCCGUUUAUGGGAUGUAAAAACAGAACUACAAAUCUUGCCUACAAAUAAUCUGUCCAAUGAUAAAAUGCUAGCAUCAAUUUAACCCCCUAUCUUUCCAGAAAUGGAUCUUACAGAAAAUAGUAUUUAUUUUUUAUAUUAUUAGUUACCCCCAAACUUUCUAUUCAACAGAUUUCCUAAAAUCCCUAUUUAGAGGCUUCAGGAGCCUUAAUCAUGAAAGGAGAAUUCGUAAAUUAUUAAGAAAUAGAGUUACUAUCAUUGUUCAAAUCUAAAGGUAGUUUGAUUUUAGAAGGCCAAACAGGACAACAAUACAAUUGA